CUUCCUUGUUUCCGGUUGACUGUAUCAAACGGAAUUUGCAUGCGCUUAAGAAAUAAGUCAGGAAAUGAUUUGGGCGCCGAUGUACCAGGCUUGUCUGUCUGGAAUUUGGAUUUAAAUGGAAAACUCUUUGCUUUAGUUUCAUGCUAGCUGUCUGAGUUGGACUGAAAUGGCCUCGGAAUCAAACCCUGCAGUUUUUCCACACUUCUCUUAAGGCGGAAAUCAAGUGUCUGUUGCUUUGAGGUAGGAGUUUCUCGAGACAGACUCGCCAUGAAAGCUAUUGGCGCGCGCUCUGCGUUCUACGUGGGCUUUCUGGUAGGCAUGUGCAGUCUGUACCUGUUCCUGCGUCAGUUUGGGUUUGCACGGAACUUCACGUCUCGUGAGCCCGAGGCCCGCGAAAAAAGCCUGCAGGAGAUGUUGGAAGAGGAAGGCAAGAACUGGAAGAAGGAGAGAUCAGCUCUCUUCAACCUCAACCAUCCGCACCAUACAGGUGAGGAUGGAACAAUAGCUGAUGCUCUCUAUAAGCGUGUACGUAUUCUAUGUUGGGUUAUGACUGGUCCGAAUAACCUUGAGAAGAAAGCUCGGCAUGUAAAAGCCACAUGGAGUCGGCACUGCAAUAUUGUGGUCUUCAUAAGCUCUGUGGAUGACUCAGAUUUUCCCACAGUUGGACUGAACACCAAAGAAGGUCGGGAUCAGUUGUACUGGAAAACCAUUCGAGCAUUCCACUAUGUUAUGGAGAAACACGGGGAUGAGGCAGACUGGUUCCUCAAAGCAGAUGAUGAUACUUAUGUGAUUGUAGACAACCUGCGGUGGGUUCUGUCCAGUCACUCACCAGAUGACCCAGUGUAUUUUGGACGGAGGUUUAAGCCCUACGUGAAACAGGGCUACAUGAGUGGCGGUGCUGGCUAUGUGCUCAGUAAAGAGGCCCUGGUGAGGUUUGUAGAAGGGUUUCGAACCAAAGUGUGCACGCACACUUCCUCUGUGGAGGACCUAGCCAUGGGCCAGUGUAUGGAGAAGAUGGGCGUUUUGGCAGGAGAUUCCAGAGACACCAUACAAAGAGAAACGUUCCAUCCUUUUGUACCUGAGUCCCAUCUCGCUGGCACAUUUCCAAAGAACUUCUGGUAUUGGAAUUACUGUUAUUACCCCAUUGUGCAGGGGCCCCACUGUUGUUCAGAUUUGGCUGUUUCUUUCCACUAUGUGGAUGCAUCACUCAUGUACCUGCUGGAAUACUACACUUACCACUUGCGUGCCUUUGGCUACAAAUACCGCUAUCAGCCCCCUGAACCCAAAGUCAUACAAGACUUCAAUCCCCCAGUUCCAGACAAACUGGAGAUUGGAGACUCAGAUCAAGAGCAGGUGGUAGAAGCACAGGAAGAGGAAGACAAAGCCCCUGAAAAUGAUGAAAAGUUAUAGCAGCUUUUUGUUUCCUAUUUUUUUUAAAUAACAACAUUUGAAAAGUUCUUCCAAAAGAACUUUUUUUUUUUAUUAUUUUGUCUUGAAAGGCCUUUAUUGUGCCACAGAAAUGUAUGCAUCUAUGUGUGGUUUAAUGAGAUAGUACUGUGUGGAAGGGUGUUCCUCUUAAUGCAUUUGUAUGUGAAUGUCUAGAUAUUUGUACAAUAUUACAGAAUUGUAUUAAAUGAAGGUUGACAGAGCCUGCCUUAACGGUAUAAUAACAUGGGGAAAUUAUUGUAUUUUUUUGCCACAAGCAAGACUUCCACUCCAUGGCUGCCUGUAAUACCCUUACACCUCCUGUUAGUUUGCAAUUUUUGGUGUUUUUUUUUUUUUUUUUUUAAGGAAAAAUGGUUUGCUCUCCACAGUGUUGAGGUACUGUGUAAUCUUAAGCAGCAGUGUCAUAUUCUGUUCCCAAAAAUAGGCCUUGAUUUCUUUUAAUUUGCUCCCCCUAAAUAAUAUGUGUCUGUAGAGGUUUGCAGUCAAAUUCAGCAAACACACUCGAGCUCCAGCUGUGUUUCACAGCACCUACAACAUUUGCCAAAUGUAAGGUGUAGAAUUCACUUGAAUCUAGUAAUUUUGAUGUUAUCCUAGCUAAACAAGGAAUAGUCCCUUAGCAUCAAUAUGCCAACCCUUCUCAGAAAGUCAAGAAAGCUUCAAGAAUGCAGAUUAGCUAAACUUGAAUACCCUGUUGGCUUGUACAAUAGUUGUUCAUGAACUCUUGGGAAAGAGAAUUAAAGCAAGGUAGAUCAGAUGGCUAAAGUAUGUGCUGUUCUUUUAACCUAAUGGGAAUUGUGGUCUUGGAAAUGAGUUCCAUAGUGUUACACACUCUGAGGCCUAUAUCAUUUGAGUUGUUGGAUUCUUCAGACCACAGAACACUAUAACUGGAAUAUGACUGUGAAGCUUUUAAUUCAGAAUAGCAUGUCAGGGUUGCCCCAGUUCACUCUUGCACACCGAUUUUUAUUAAUAUCUUUAGUGUAGCAACGUCUACACAGUCUGUGUGUGCCAUAACAUUGUGUGUUGAGAUUAACUGUGUGGAUAUUCUCUUAUUUCUCAAAUAUUUUUGUUUGCAUAUGCAGUUCAUCUGUGUAAUUGUGCAGGUUUUUAGUCUAUUGGACCAUUAAUUAAGUGUAUUAUUCAAUCUCUAUUCCACUAUGGUCCAUGUAGAAAAUGAUUCCAUUGCUAAGAAUGUUUAAACCACAACAGGCAGAGAUUUUAAGAUGAAAGUUGGGAUUUAAACCCCUUUUAACCAUGAGAAGAGGCUUCAUCAGUUGUUCAUCAGAGAAAGCCACAUUAAUUCCAUCUUUACCAACACUUGUUUAUUGUUUGUGCCAAUAGUCUCUGAUAUAAAUGCAUGGCACAUUAAUGAAGGAAUUCAAAUAAAGUUUGAAUUUAUUUGAAUGUUUAUUUGAAUUUGAGUGAAAAUUUAUUUAAAUCCAAACCACUGUUGCCCUGUGACAACUCCAAGCACAAUGUAACUUUUGAAGCAGUUUUUGAACAGAAUGAUGUUGAAGGCACAUAAGAUAUAAGAUUUCAUAAGAUUAAGCAAGCGAAUGCAUACUGUAGAUGCUUGGUCAACAAAUAUAUUCUUGGUGAAAUUAUCCUUAUUUUGCUACCUAAAUACUUUUUAAAAUUCAUAAGGGAAUGAAAAUGAAUUGAAAUAUGAUUGCUUUUCUUAUUAAAGUGUCUUUAAAAAUGUAUGAAUUGUGUGAAUUCCAAUGUUCGUCGCACUUGCUGUGAAUAUUUAUCUAAAAGUGCAAGAGCAAUGGAAAUGUCUGCAGUAUUUUGUUUUAUUGUGGAAAGGAGCACUCUAGCGCAAGGAAGGAAAACACUACACACUUCAAAUAUGAGGAAAAGCAAGUCAUAUAUGCUCUUGAGUUAGUACGUUAUUUUAAAGAGCAGUUUAGUAAGACAUGUUUGAAUGUGUUUAAUACCUCCUAGUAUAAAGAUCUUCCUCAGAAAACAUUUUUGAAGUUUAAAUUUUGCUCAUUUCAAUGAAUUGGAUCUCAAACAGUGAAACCACUUAAGAGGAGUAAAGUCACUAUAUUUGUAGACAUUGUAUCAGGAUCAGGACUGCUGAUGCCUCUCAGCUAAAAUGAGUUAGAUUUUCCUUAGAAUAUUUACAUCUGACAUUUGCUUACUUGAGGCAAAAGGAUUCAUGUGAAAUCUACUUCAAAUUAAACUAUAUUUUUUCAGGGGAGCUAUUGUCAUUAGCAGGGUAUAAUGUAUAUUAUUUAAUAUGACAAUAUAGUGAUUAUCUUUUUCCACUAGGUGUUUUGCAAAGAGUAUUGACUAAGAAUGCCAAUAACGGGUGGUCUGACUUGGGGGAAUGUGUGUGUUUUCUUAUGCUCCAGUGCCCAGUUAUUAUUAAUGGCCUUUCCAUUGCUUUUGCACUUCGGGUGUUACAUGAAGAGAGAGCCUGAUAUUUCUGAAAUGAAGCAGAACUAUCACUAAUGGGAACAUCAAAACCAGCAGGAUGAUGCAAAUGUGAUUUCCAAUCAUGUUGAAGUGGAUCUGCAUUUCUGAUUUCAUGCCCUUGUCUUUAAUCCAAAGGUACUUGUGUUGCUUACUUAUUCUCUCUGUUCAGUAAUUUAUUACAUGUACAAAGAGAAUCUUGUACAGAAUUUCCACAACAAUCUUUUAUUUACAAAGAAAUGUGUGAGGCAAAUGUAUGACAAAUAAAUCAAUGGGGACGAUAACCAGCAUAUUAAA